GUUUGGUCACUCAGACUUUGUUUAGUUGUUAGCCAGUAGUUCUGUUCUGUGGAAUUAAGCAAUCGCAGUUCCAACAGUAGGUUGCGGUGUAGUUAACAAUAGUAUUGGUGUGGGUGACAACAAUAAAAUUUCGAUAGUAGGUAGCUUAUAUCUGUAGAGGCUUCAUUUCAGAACUGUGGAUUCCAGGCGUGCGUGCUUUCUGAACUGAAGUGGUUAAAAAUAGUAUUUAUAAAAUAAAGGGUAUAAGAAAUGCUCAGGAACGUAGUUUUUGAAGGAGGAUAUUUCAAACCUUUCCAAUAUGAAUUUCUGGCGUCCAUUACUGACGAAGACAAACAUCAGUUUCAGUCACUGGAUAAUGUGGGGAAAAUAAAAUUUGUUUUCAAUUCUCAAAUAGUGAGUGACUUUGUUAUACCGACUUCUUUCAAAAAGAAAGAUGAGAGUAUCGCAGAGAAACUGAAAGAGGCAGGUAACACUGAUUUCGUAAAGGGAAACUAUGAAGGCGCUUUGCAGCUCUACAAAAGAAGUAUCAUGACGAUUCCUUUAACAGAAGGAAACCAGCAACUUUUAGCCGUUACUGCAGCGAAUCAAUCUGCAGCAUUAUACAGACUGGGACGCUACACUGAAACAGUGGAUGUCAUAGAAAAUGUACUGAAGUUGCCUUACCCAAAGGAACUGGAGUACAAAGUGAAGGAAAGGAUGGCUCGAAGUUAUGAAGCAACUGGUCAAUACAGGUCAGCAGAAGAAGUGUUUAGAGAAACGAUUAAGUCAAUAAAUUAUGCAAGUUUGGCCCCAGCAAAGAAGAAGGAAAUGAAAAAUGAAAUUCAGAAAACUCUUCGUCGUUUGGCUUCACAAAAAGACUCCCGGAGUAGUAGCUUUGAUGAACCGUCCCCUGAGAGUGUUGUUGGAGGAAGAAGUGAUCAGUAUCCCUCUCUCAGUUCCUUUGUCACUAUUAAAAACAGUGCAGAGAUGGGGCGCUAUGCUGAAGCUGUUCAGAAGAUUAAAACAGGAGAUGUUGUCCUUACAGAGGAUGCUCAUUGUGCUGUGUUACUUGCUGAAAGAUGUGAAACAAACUGCUUCCAUUGCUUCAGAAGGUUUUCAUAUCCUGUGCCCUGCCCAAAUUGUAGUGCCAUUGCUUUUUGUAGUAAUUUUUGCAGAGACAGGGCUCUAGAAUCCCAUCAUAAAACGGAAUGUGGAAUAUUGCAAAUACUGUGGGAUUCAGGUGCAUCUGUUACGUGCCUGAUGGCUUUACGAAUAAUAUCACAGAAAAGACUGCAAUAUUUCUUGGGUUUGAAAGACAGCUUAACAAAGGGUCAGGAAGGUGAACAAUAUUGCAGCCCCGAUUACAAGGCUGUCUACAAUUUAGUUACACAUUCACAGCAGAGAGGAGUAGUAGACCUGUUACUUCGUACCAGUAUGGCUGUGCUGCUUCUGCGGUGUUUAAAAAUGACAGACUAUUUUGAUUGCUCAGGAACCAGCAUAUCUGAGGACAAAAUUGAAGGCGAAUUAACUGAGAAUGAAGCAUUCAUUGGAGGUCUGCUGCUUCAUCACCUAGAAUUUCUUCAGUUUAAUGCUCAUGAAAUAUCAGAGAUAAUCUUGAAUAAGGAUGGAACUGCAAAGUCUGUUUUCCUUGGUGGUGGCUUGUACCCCACCCUGGCACUUUUCAACCAUUCUUGCAAUCCCUCAAUUGUCAGGUAUUUCCACGGUACAAGUGUUGCUGUGCGUACAGUAAGAACACUUCACGUAGGUGAAAUGGUUUCUGAAAAUUAUGGCCCAAAUUUUGUGCAAGUACACAAGGAAGAAAGGCAGAAUAUUCUGAAAGAUCAGUAUUGGUUUGAAUGUAAAUGCAUUCCUUGCAUUCAGGACUGGCCAACUUUUGUAGAGAUGGACUCGACUGUUCUCAGGUUCAGAUGUGACGCCGGUACAAACUGCAACAAUGUUGUGUGUGUUCCGACAUCGAUAGAGCAUUGUUUCGUACAAUGUACUGAAUGCAAAGGCUACACAAACAUUCUUAAGGGCCUUAAAGCACUACAGGCUACAGAUGAUAUGAACUGUAGAGCACAGCAGCUAGCAAAAAAUGGAAAAAUUCCACAUGCGCUGUCAGAGUACAUCAAGGUCUUGGAUUUAUUGGCAGAAACUCUUGCACCACCUUUCAAGGAUUACUGUAUCUGCCAAGAGUCCAUCAGAUAUUGCAUUAUGCAUUUUGGAAACAAGUAUCACUUCUAACUUGUACUUCACUGGGAUACUUUUUGACAGUGAACCAUCUCAUGUACUGUGUUCUUUAAAUAAAUCAUGAAUAAUCU